UGAAAAUCAAAGUAAACGAAGUUAUCAACAAGCUGUCCCAUUUGAAAGUUUCAGCCCAUUAAUAGCAUUUCUCUCCCACGUCUUCACCGGAUUUGAAUCUUCUCUUUGUCCUGCAGAAGAAAUUUCGAAACCCCAAAUAAAAAAAAUUAAAAAAGGGUUCUCAGAUUUUUGGGAACUUGUUCGAAGUUCGGAAGAAGAGUAAAUAUGCAGAGGAAGUACCUGGUUCAGGUGGAGGAGGCCAAGGAAGCCGCCGCCGGCCGGCCCUCCGCCGGGGCCGUCUACCGGAGCAUUUUUGCCAAGGAUGGCUUUCCGCCGCCAGUUCCGGGAUUGGAUUGCUGCUGGGAUAUAUUUCGAAUGUCUGUGGAGAAAAAUCCUGGAAACCGGAUGCUUGGGCGGCGUAAAGUAGUUGAAGGAAAUCCAACUAAGGCUGGUGAAUAUGAGUGGCUAACUUACAAACAAGUCCAUGAAUUGGUGUUGAAAAUUGGAAACUCAAUGUGCAGUUUGGGUUAUGGAACAGGAGAAAAAUGUGGGAUUUAUGGUGCUAAUUGUCCUGAGUGGAUCAUUAGCAUGGAGGCUUGUAAUGCUCAUGGGCUUUACUGUGUUCCUUUAUAUGACACUUUAGGUGCUGGUGCCAUAGAAUUCAUAAUAUGUCAUGCAGAGAUUUCCAUUGCUUUUGUAGAGGAGAAGAAGAUUUCUGAGCUGUUGAAAACACUUCCCAGCACAGCAAAGAUUCUAAAAACAAUUGUGAGCUUUGGUAAAGUUUCAGAUAGUCACAAGGAAGAAGUUAACAAGUUUGGUUUGGAAAUAUAUUCUUGGGAAGAGUUUCUGCAAAAAGGAGGAAGCCAACAAUUUGAUCUUCCAGUGAAAAAGAAAAGUGACAUUUGCACUAUCAUGUACACAAGUGGAACAACUGGUGAUCCCAAGGGAGUAAUGUUAUCCAAUAAUGCCAUUAUAUCCCUUAUAGCUGGUGUCAAACAUUUGCUUGCAAGUGUAAAGGCAGAGGUUCGAGAAACCGAUGUUUAUAUGUCAUAUCUUCCGCUUGCACAUAUCUUCGACCGGGUGAUCGAGGAGGUGUUCAUUUUGAACGGUGCCUCUAUCGGGUUCUGGCGUGGGGAUGUGAAAUUGUUAGUUGAAGACAUUGCAGAGCUGAAACCAACUGUUUUCUGUGCAGUUCCUCGUGUCCUUGAAAGGAUUUAUGGUGGCCUGAAUCAAAAGAUAUCGUCGGGAAGCCUCUUGAAGAAAUCGUUGUUCAACUUUGCAUACUCAUAUAAACUCAACCAAAUGCAGAAGGGGAAAAAACAUGAACAAGCAGCCACAAUUUUUGAUAAAGUUGUCUUCAGCAAGGUGAAGAAGGGAUUAGGGGGAAAUGUAAGAAUCAUUUUAUCUGGAGGAGCUCCUCUCGCACCACAUAUAGAAACCUUCUUUCGAGUCGUUUCAUGUGCUCAUGUUCUACAAGGAUACGGUUUGACAGAAACUUGUGGUGGAACAUUUGUGACCCUACCAAAUGAAUUGCCAAUGUUGGGAACAGUAGGCCCUCCAGUGCCGAAUGUGGACGUCUGUCUUGAAUCGGUACCUGAUAUGGGAUACGAUUCACUCGCUAGCACGCCUCGAGGGGAAGUAUGCAUCAGAGGAGAUACAUUGUUUUCAGGAUACUACAAACGUGAAGAUCUUACCACAGAGGUUUUGGUUGAUGGAUGGUUUCAUACUGGGGAUGUUGGCGAAUGGCAACCAGAUGGAAGCUUAAAAAUUAUUGAUCGUAAGAAGAACAUCUUCAAACUUUCUCAAGGUGAAUAUGUUGCUGUGGAGAAUCUAGAGGUGAUUUAUGGCCUUGUUUCCGACAUCGAAGCGAUAUGGAUUUAUGGGAAUAGCUUUGAGUCCUUCCUUGUUGGUGUUAUUAACCCUCAAAAGCAAGCACUUGAGAAAUGGGGAGAAGAAAAUGGAAUAAAAGGGGACUUUAAUGCUCUUUGUGAAGACAAAAGGGCAAAAGACUACAUACUUGGACAACUCUCAAAGAUUGCAAAAGAAAAGAAGUUAAAAGGCUACGAAGUUAUUAGAGCGGUUCAUCUCGACCCGGUUCCAUUCGACAUAGAGCGCGACCUUAUUACUCCAUCAUACAAGAAGAAGAGACCACAGUUGCUCAAAUACUAUCAGAAAGUGAUUGAUGACAUGUACAAGGUUGGGAACAAGCCAGUAGCAUAACAAAGAUUGAACAGCAUGAAUGUAAAGCCUAUAGAAUCCAAUCUUUCAAAUUAUAUGUUUAAAUUUCUUUUUUCUUUUGGCUUAUUUGUUUGUAUCAAACCCAAUUAUUCUUAUUGCUCAUUGCUUAUAGUCAUCCAUCUUUAUUACA